AUGUAUUAUCGUGGCGUUGCUCCGAAUCCCCCCUUCUUGGUCUACAGAUCAAACCUCCUCGACUGCCCGUUUCCCGCCCCUACCGGUCGCUUUCACUUCGUCCCCACCAAGACUGCCCGCGGAGUCUUCAACACAUCGCUGAAUUCCGUCUGGCCUGUCGUUGGCCCCCAUAUCCGCGAUCACGUGAAUGCUCGGAAAAUCAAGUACUCAGUCAUCGUGCCUGCUCGCUUCGUCACCCACGACCAGGAAGGAGACACCAUGGGCCCUGUCGUCGUCUGGAUGUUUGUUUACCCCAACUCCACAACGGCCGAAGAUGCCUUCAACGCCACCCCGGGUAUCCUCAGCAUUCUCGACAGCCACGGAAUCCAGGGAGCAUCCGUAGAGUGGUCUGAGGGUGUCGUGGAGAUGAAACCCACAUUCCAUCUGCGCUGCUUUCUCACCACUGCGCUCGGUAUGUCGGUCACCAAGGAUGAGAUGGAAGUGACCGACGCUCAGGGAAGCGUCGCAUUCUUCUUCCACGAAAACCAGGACGAGCACGGUGCCCCUAGUGACAAGGUCUUCGGAGUCAGUAACUGCCAUGUUCUCCACGGGAGCCCAUCCGUGGACUAUAAGCUCCAUCCUGCUAGUUGCCGUAUCCAACGCGUUCGACUCGCUGGCUUGCGUCGAUACCAGCGCGGACUCGAAGAGACGAAAAUGGCUGUGGCUGGUCACGCUAAGAAAGCCGAAGGACUCGUGAAGCAGAUCGACCUGUUGCAGCAGACGCCGACGAUCGACGACCCAAACGAAGCGGAGGAGUUAGCAAAAGCUCACUGCGACAGGAGCGUGGUGGAAACCUUUCUUGUCGACAUGCAAACCAAAUGGAGCGACCUGGAUUUUCGCAACAUAGGGCACGUCCACUGGGCUCCGAGAAUCUCUGUCGACGUCCAAGAUACUAACUAUACUCGGGAUCUGGCGACGUUUGAGGUCGAGGAGAGAAAGUUCAAGCCUUGCUUCAAGGGCAACGUCCUCGAUUUGGGUCAUUAUUCCCCCGGCGAGCUUGCGGGAAAAUUCUACUCCUUACGACUCGAUGAUCAAAGGGCGUUCAAGUGGCCUUUGAAUGGCCAGCUCAGGAUCAAGGGAUAUAAGAAUGGCCACCCUUGUUUUGUCGUCAUGAAGGACGGCAGCACCACCGACCUGACGGUCGGGAACCACGCCGGAUUGGAGGCUUUCUUAUGCAACCCUCAAGGCGUCGAAUCAGUAGAUCUCGCUUUCUUCAAUUACUGCAGUGAAGACCGUCCGUUUAGCACACGCGGCGAUUCGGGCUCGCUCAUCGUCAAUGGCAAAGGAGAAAUGGUUGGCAUCCUCCACUCCGGCAUAUUCAGAGAGUCCACAUUCAAUAAGCGCCAUGCCACCUUCCCCCACAUCAGCUUCGCCACCCCUGCUUGGUGGGUUCGGAAGCAGCUGAAGACCAUGUAUCCACACGCCGACUUCGACCGUACGACCUUUUGA